AUGACUAUACUUCCCGAAAACAUCGAACUGUUGACAACCCACGAGCUCAACGACCUACUUCUAAACCACAACGAUGAGCUAACAAAACUCUGUUCCAAGAGCCAAAUUGGGGAAGUACAACGUAUUCUGCAAUCGGUGAGUUCAGAUAAAGAAGCAUUGAUAGCGUUGAAGGAUCAAUUUACUACGCUAGAGGAAAAGAAGAUAAAGCUCGGGAACGAUGUAUCAGAGUUAGAGAGGGUUAAGAUGGAGUAUAUGAAGAAAUGGCAAGAUACGGACACGCUUUAUAAAAAUGCGUACAGUGAAACAGCCUUUAAGAGGGCGUUACAAGAUCAAGUCAAGGCGUGUGAGGAGGAGUCUAACGAAACUGAAUCGUUACUAUAUUCUAAAACUGGAAAAUUGACUGGGAAUGAACUUGACAGCUGGCUAUCUAAAUUCCAGGAACAGCGACACCAAUAUCAUUACUUGAAUGAGCAGCUAACCACAUGGGAGGCACAAGGAAUGUUGAAAAAAUAG